AUGCGCCAUUUCUGUGACCUCGACGAUGAAGAACAACAUGCCCUUGGAAUCAUCCCUGAAGAAAACCUCGACAUCGAGAAACAAAACCCACUUCACAAGUCUCAGCAACCAUCCAAGCCUGCUAGAAAAAACGAAUCAAGAGUUUCUGUCAUACUUUUAGAUCAAGGCUUGUUCACGGUCUACAAGCGACUUUUCGUUAUGUGCUUGGCCCUGAACGUUACUGGCUUGGUUCUUGCAAGCACAGGGCAUUUUCCCUAUGCAAGGAACAGGGCUGCUUUGUUCUCCAUUGGUAACAUACUCGCUUUGACUCUCUGUCGAAGCGAGGCCUUCUUGCGUGUUGUGUUUUGGGUUGCAGUAAAGACUCUUGGGAGGUCAUGGGUCCCUCUCUUCCUCAAAACAGCUACAACUUCUCUUCUACAAAGCCUUGGAGGCAUACACAGUGGUUGUGGCGUGUCUUCAAUUGCAUGGCUGGUGUACGCACUAGUCCUCACUCUUAAAGAUAGAGACAACACUUCAACGUUGAUUAUCGGUGUCUCCUCUUCCAUUCUUGCCCUUCUUUGUCUCACAUCUUUGGCUGCAUUCCCACUUGUUCGGCAUCUCCACCACAAUGUGUUCGAGAGGACACAUCGUUUUGCAGGAUGGAUGGCCUUGUGUCUCCUUUGGGCCUUCAUCAUGCUCACAAUCUCUUAUGACCCUAAAAGCAGAUCCUACUCAAAAGAACUCGGAUCAAGGGUGGUGAAAAGCCAAGAGUUUUGGGUCACGGUGGGCAUCACGGUUCUUAUAAUAAUGCCAUGGUUGACAGUGAGACGUGUGGGUGUGAAAGUGUCAAGUGCUUCUGGGCAUGCUUCGAUGAUAAGGUUUGAGGGAGGAAUAAAGGCUGGGAUACUUGGAAGGAUAAGCCCCUCUCCACUGUCUGAGUGGCAUGCCUUUGGAAUAAUAUCAGAUGGGAAGAAAGAGCACAUGAUUUUAUUUCAGCAACAUAGCAUAUCGCUUUAG